CAACCAACCACCUACUGGACCAGGCCUCGAUCCAAAGAUUUACUGCGCCUCCCGCUGUGCGAAAUAUUUUGGUGGUCGUUCGCUUCUGAGGUAUUCCUCUGACGAUUGGAUUGAAUUGCAAGGGAAGGGAAUAAAAUUACGAAGGCGCGAACGGAACAACAAGGCGAAGAAUGCCCCCGAUCUCGAAAUUGACUGAACUCCGAUACCGAGGACCGCUUCCAAGUUCCAAACUUUUCCAGCCUUUCUUGAGAUCCACGGGGGUUCUGGGAUUGUAGCCGAGAAGGACGUCGACGACCGAGGGACAGAGGAGGACCGGAUCCACAGCGAUACUCAAGAUGCCGUCCAUCUCCCAAACAACGAUAUCUCCGGCGAGCAGCAAGAAGCGGAGGAGAGAUGAUGACGCUGCUCAAGUACAAGUCAAGAAUUCAAGCCCCCGCCACGCCCUCCACGACUCCCUCUUCAACAAUGCAGCGAAUAGAGAUGACUUCCUACACCUGAAUCCCGAACGAAAUAAAAUUAUCCCGAGAAGGAGAUUGCAUGAACAGAAGAGACAGCGGAUUGAGGUCCGGGACGAGCACACUCAUUCAUUGCUACCCCAUGAAGUUACGGGUGCGGGUCUGGCCGGGGAGAAGGGAGUGGCCAGACCGAAGAUCGACCUCAGUCCGUGCCAUGUAUGCUGGCGAAAACCGACGGAUAAGUCACAGCUGGAUUCAUAUGCUUAUUGUGAGGGGUGUGGGGAGAGGACAUGUUUUGUUUGUAUGAGGGUUUGUGAAGGGGUUGGGGGUUUGGAGAGUAGGCGGAUGGGGAUUAUAGUUGGGGAUGGGGCGUUUAGUUUUGAGUUGGAUAACCCCGUGGCAGUGGAUAGGCAGGACUGGCAGACAUGCAGUGGUGGGAGUGGUGAAGAAGGCAGGGAGGAAGAAGGAAGAAGAGCCUGGUACAAGGAUAUGAUAGAGGGUCAUAGAGGUCGGAUAUGCAGUCGGUGUUGUGUGGAACGAGGCGCGGAGGGUGAUGUUUGGUGCUUGGGGUGCUUGAGAACUGAAGAGGGAAUGAGUUGAGAUGGCGAUCGAGGUAUACUUCACCACUUGCGCAAGACUAGGGCCCGGCGUCCGGAUAUGGGACAUGGAGCAAGGAGUACUGGCGUCUUGGAGGAUCAAUGCCUAGAUAUCUCUAUACCUAUCGGUUUUCGACUAAGAGGACGAAGCAGGGAACACCGAUACUUCGUGGAGGCGCUAUUGUAUCUUGCACGCACAACACUACUGCGAUUUUUGAAAGUUUCAAAUGACCUCACACCUGGUUGAAUACCUGUCAUUCUCUGCUUUUCCAGCCCAAACACUUCUGCAAGGCCAGAACAGUC